UUGGCAGCCUCUGUUCAAACGUCAAACAGCAGUGCUGUGUGAAGAGAAAAUUCUACGAAAAAUCGUCUGUUUUUCUCGGAAUAUUUCCCGUUCCAGAGUAUUUUCCUACAUAGGACGUAACAAACGACAGCAGCGAUGCUACGAGCACCGUUCACAAGGGCACUAGCGCUUGGUGCGCGCGGUCAGACCUCCCCGGUGCACGUCGUCCGGACAACGGCAACGACUCCGGCUAAGCUGCCGGAGAAAAUAGAGGUGUUUGUUGACGACAAACCGGUGAUGGUGGAUCCCGGAACUACGGUCCUGCAGGCAGCCGCUCUAGUGGGUGUGGAAAUACCCCGUUUCUGCUACCACGAACGGUUGGCCGUAGCCGGAAACUGCCGGAUGUGUCUGGUCGAGGUUGAAAAGUCCCCGAAACCGGUGGCCGCUUGCGCUAUGCCUGUGAUGAAGGGUUGGCGCAUUAAGACCAAUUCCGAAAUGACCCGUAAGGCUCGGGAAGGUGUCAUGGAAUUUCUGCUGAUGAACCAUCCGUUGGACUGUCCGAUCUGCGACCAGGGAGGCGAAUGUGACUUGCAGGACCAAGCUAUGGCUUUCGGCUCGGAUCGGUCGAGAUUUACCGAUAUCGAUCACAGUGGCAAGCGUGCCGUUGAAGAUAAGGAUAUUGGACCCUUGGUGAAAACUAUUAUGACCCGUUGUAUCCACUGUACUCGAUGCAUUCGGUUUGCUUCGGAAGUCGCUGGAGUUGAUGAUUUGGGAACGACCGGACGAGGAAACGAUAUGCAGAUUGGAACCUACGUCGAGAAACUGUUCUUGACUGAACUGUCCGGGAAUGUGAUUGAUCUUUGCCCGGUCGGUGCUUUGACUAAUAAGCCGUACAGCUUCGUUGCCCGUCCUUGGGAGAUUCGUAAGAUCGAAUCAAUUGAUGUUUUGGAUGCUAUCGGAAGUAACAUCAUUGUUAGCACACGCACUGGCGAAGUGCUCCGAAUUUUGCCUCGUGAAAACGAUGAAAUCAACGAGGAAUGGCUGUCGGACAAGUCUCGUUUUGCCUGCGACGGUCUCAAGCGUCAGCGGUUGAUUGCUCCGAUGCUGCGCAAUCCGAGUGGCGAGUUGGAAGCGGUUGAGUGGGAAUCGGCUCUGAUUACUAUCGCUCAGGCGCUUCGCAGUGCUCCGAAGGGCAAAAUCGCUGCUGUCGCCGGUGGGUUAGUCGAUGCAGAAUCUUUAGUGGCUUUGAAGGAUCUGCUGAAUAGGUUGGGAUCGGAAACGCUGUGCACGGAGCAGAAAUUUCCAACCGACGGGUCGGGAAUCGAUUUCCGUUCUAGCUAUUUGUUGAAUUCAUCGAUCGCUUCCUGCGAGGAAGCCGAUCUGGUGCUGCUCGUGGGUACCAAUCCACGUUACGAGGCUCCAUUGCUGAACACCAGACUACGCAAGGGCUACGUUCACAAUGAACAGAAUAUCGCUUUGAUUGGACCGAAGGUCAAUCUGUCGUAUGAGUAUGAGCAUCUUGGAAAUGACGUCUCCUUGGUUCGCGAUAUCGCCUCGGGAAACCAUCCUUUUGCUAAGAAGUUGAAGGCCGCUAAAAAGCCAUUGAUUAUUGUUGGUGCUGACAUGUUGGCACGAAAGGAUGGCAGCGCCUUUGCAACUGCUCUCCACGUGUUUUCCAACUCAUUGAGCCCCGCUGAUCCCAACUGGAAGGUUUGGAACGUUCUGCAAACAAACGCAGCCCAAACGGCGGCCCUGGACGUUGGUUAUACACCGGGUGCGGAGGCAGCGAUCAGUGCAGAGCCAAAGGUGCUGUUCCUUUUGGGAGCAGAUGCCGGUGCCAUCAAGAAAGAGCAACUCCCGAAGGAUUGCUUCGUCAUCUACCAGGGUCAUCACGGAGAUGACGGAGCUCAGCUGGCGCAUGCUAUUCUGCCGGGAGCGGCCUACACCGAGAAGCAGGGCACCUAUGUCAACACGGAAGGUCGUGCCCAGCAGACACUUGUCGCCGUUACUCCACCCGGUCUGGCUCGUGAGGACUGGAAGAUUCUGCGUGCUCUGUCAGAAGUUACCGGUGCUCCGCUCCCGUACGAUACCCUGGAUGAGCUGCGAACACGCAUGGAAGACAUCGCGCCACAUCUCGUCCGUUACGGCCGACUGGAGAAGGCGAACUUCUUUAAGGCGGCCGAAGAAUUGCUGCGCAAUGCACCGGUACAGUUCGACGGCAGCAAGAUCGAUGUUAGUCAGAAAAAGCUGGAGGAUUUCUUCAUGACCGAUCCGAUCACGCGGGCAUCGCCCACGAUGGCCAAAUGUGUAACGGCAGCCAAGAAGCAAGCCGCUCAAGCUGCUAAUUAGAUUUGUUUUAAAAUGUUACUCACACUUGUCAAUCGUCCGAUGGUUGACGAAUUAAAAUUGCAAAAAUAUAGAAAUAAAUGUUAAAUCAAUUUAUUGGUGCGAAAUGCGGUAUCCUGGAAGGAAUACAGAAACGAUAAUUUAAACAACAUUUUGAAGCAUGUUACAACAAGAGCAAAAGGCACCAUGUAUUAAAUAACUUCAGUCUGUACUUUGAUCAAUAAACAUCAAAAAUUGA